CCCCCCACGGCCGAUCUCACAUCUCAAGCGCCUGCUCGUCUCUUCACUGUUGAGGGCAAUCGACCCUCUCGCUCUUGCUCAGACGGCCGCUGAGCUGUACAUAUAACCUCAGCUGAGUCUCGGAAAGCAUCCUCAACUCCUCCAAUCUCUCCUCCCAACACCCUCUACCUGAACAUCGUUAUCGUUGGUUGUUUCUUCACCGCUGAAAUCAAUCCCUACCAAGCCUCAAACACAAUGUUACAAAAUUUCGCCCACGAGACCAGCUCAGCUCUGCGUCGCUCAAUGGCAAACAUGACCAUGUCUGCACCACAGCAAGACCCUCAGGCCGUCUACCUACUACCAUUGACGGACGCUGGCGCACCAGACGUCCCGGGAACGUACAUCUACCUGCCGCCGCCAACGGACCCUGCCUACGUGGUCCGCUUCCAGAUCCAGGGUACGAGCUCGAUAUGUCGUCAAGGCAGUCUCUGGGUGAAUAUCCCCGCAAAGGGCGACAAGUUCGAGCGGAGUCAGUAUCGCGAGUACAAACUCCAGCCAGACUUCAACGGCAUUACGGAGAUUGAUGUCCCCAUCUACAACGCCAACGCUUAUUCUUUUUACACAACCUACACCCCACUGCCACAGUGGUCCUUCACAGACGUCGCCUCGCCCGAGCCCACGCGGACGCCCACAUACUACAUUGAUGUUUGCCCGCGCCUCACACUGCACGGCCAACAGCUGCCGGUCGAAGCCGUCAUCGUCUUCUCCUGCCUCUCCAAGUUCAUGGGUGACUACCCUACCGACUGGGACAGCCACCUUCGGGGCAUCAGCCAGCGCGGCUACAACAUGGUGCAUUUCACCCCGCUUAUGAUGCGCGGUGCCUCCAACUCGCCAUACAGUAUAUACGACCAACUAGCCUUUGACGAGGCCGUCUUCACAAAUGGGGAGACAGACGUACGCAAUUUGGUCGAGAAGAUGCAGUCAGAGUUCAACCUGCUGGCCAUGACGGACGUCGUCUGGAAUCACACGGCGAACAACAGCAAGUGGCUCGAGGCGCAUCCAGAGGCCGGCUACAAUGUCGACACGGCGCCAUGGUUGCGGCCUGCGCUCGAUCUGGACACGGCCCUGAUCAAGUUCGGCAAAGAACUUCAGGUGCGCGGACUGCCGACAACGUUCAACAGUGUGGAUGAUCUUCUGAAAGUCAUGGAAGGCGUCAAGACGCACGUUCUCGGAACCUGCAAGCUUUGGGAAUACUAUGUCAUCGACGUGGAAAGAGACACCAAGGCCGUUGUGCAAGCGUGGAUGGCCGGCCAAGCCAAGUUCCCCGAAGAAAGCUUUAGUGAAGCAGGUCUUCGUGGGCUCGACGCUGUCAAGGACUGGUCGCUGAAGCAGAAAGCCGACUGGCUGAUCGACCACGCUCUGAGCGGCGGUGAUCGGAUGGGCGAGCGCUACCGCCGCACUAUUGAUCCCGCCGUUGGUGCUGGCCUUCUCUGCGCCCUAUUUGGUCGCUACGACAGCCGUACUAGCAUUACGCCAGACGAGCGAGCAGCCCACGGCGCCCUUACCCGUAUUCUACAGGAGUGCAACCUCCCAUUCUAUCGUGAGUAUGAUGGGGAUUCGGCGGAAAUCAUGGAGCAGCUCUUCAACCGGAUCAAGUAUGUCCGGAUAGACGAACACGGCCCAAAGCUGGGCGAGGUCAACGAUGCGAAUCCACUGAUCGAGCCCUACUUCACUCGCCUACCGCUCAACGAGACAACCAAGAAGCACAACCCAGAAGCCCUGGCACUGGUGAACAACGGCUGGGUCUGGGCUGCCGAUGCUAUGAGGGACAAUGCUGGGCCCAAGUCGCGAGCAUACCUAAGGAGAGAAGUCAUCGUCUGGGGAGAUUGUGUCAAGCUCCGCUACGGCGACGGCCCGCAGGACAACCCAUAUCUCUGGGAGCACAUGGCCAAGUAUACGCGCCUGAUGGCGAAGUACUUCCAAGGUUUCCGAAUCGACAAUUGCCACUCCACGCCGAUUCAUCUCGCCGAAUAUAUGCUGGACCAGGCGCGAAGCGUCAAUCCCAACGUCUUUGUCUGCGCUGAACUGUUCUCUGGCUCCGAGGAGAUGGACUUCAAGUUCGUCAUGCGUCUUGGCAUUAGCGCCCUCAUUCGAGAGGGUAUGCAAGCAUGGAGCACUCAAGAGCUGAGCAGAUUGAUUCACCGUCAUGGCGGGGUUCCCAUUGGCACCUUCGAGACGGACGAAGUACUCAACGCCGAGCACGCUCUUGGUGCCCCCAACGACGGGUCUUCCCCGGUCAAGCCAAAUGCGCUCAUCAAGAAGAUCAAGCGCAGCCCUGUUCACGCGCUGUUCAUGGACUGCACGCACGACAAUGAAACACCAGCUCAGAAGCGAGACGCCCGCGACACGCUUCCUAGCGCUGCUCUCGUCGCCAUGUGCUCUUGCGCAACGGGUAGCGUCUUCGGCUUCGACGAAGUCUAUCCCGAACUGAUCGAGCUUGUUCACGAGAAGAGACUCUAUUCCUCGGUCAACUCAACCGGAGGCCCAAUCAAGGCACAGGCUGGCGAGGGCGGCAUUGGUGGCAUCCGCAAGAUCAUCAAUGAAAUCCACGUCAAAAUGGGUAAAGAGGAGUACGAUGAAACAUAUAUUCAUCAUGACGAGGAGUAUAUCACAGUCCAUCGUGUCAACCCUCAUACCAGGAAAGGCUACUUCUUGAUUGCCCAUACCGCCUUCCCCGGCUAUGGUAAUGGCAACGGAGGUUUCGGCCAGACCAAGCUGCCAGGUACGAAAGCGAAACUCAUCGGCAGCUGGAACCUUGAGGUCGACAACAGUAAGGAGACAAGAGCCCGCAUUAUUGGCGACAAGACAACGUUGCGGGGCCUGCCGAGUCAGACGAACAACCUCCAAGGCGUGAUCGUCGAGUCCGAUGGCGAUAACACCACGAUUAGCAUCCCCGACAAAUUCCCUCCAGGCAGUAUCGCUCUCUUCGAAACAUGGGUACCGAGUGCUGAGCAUGCCGAUGGUCUUGACAAGUUUGUCACCAGUGGCGCCCACGCGGCAUUCCGCGAUGUCAACCUGACCGAUCUGAACUUCAUUCUAUACAGAUGUGAAGCCGAGGAGAAGGAUGCGUCAGACGACAGGGACGGUGCCUACAACAUCCCUGGUCAUGGCAGCCUGGUAUACGCCGGCUUACAAGGUUGGUGGAGUGUAUUGCGAGACAUAGUAAAUGACAACAACCUUGGCCAUCCGCUCUGCAAUCACCUUCGAGAAGGACAAUGGGCGCUUGACUACUGCGUUGGUCGGCUUGAACGCAUUUCCGAGAAGGAGAAGUAUCACCGGAUCAAGGGCCCUGCGACGUGGCUGAAGGAAAAAUGCGAUGCUAUUCGCAAGGUGCCCAGCUUCCUGCUUCCGCGCUACUUUGCACUUGUCAUUCAGACUGCCUACAAUGCCGCAGUUGAUAGGGCUAUUGAACUCAUGGGCGACAAUGUUCGGAACGGCAAUCAAUUCUUGAAGAGUCUCGCACUUGUCAGCGUGCAAGUCACCGGCUACAUGAACAGCGCUUCUCUCUGGCCAGAUAAGAGCGUACCAAGCAUGGCUGCUGGUUUGCCCCAUUUUGCUUACGACUGGGCGCGAUGCUGGGGUCGUGACAUCACCAUCUCUGCGCGCGGUCUUUACAUGGGAACCGGCAGGUAUGCGGACGCCAAGGAGCACAUCUUUGCCUUUGCUAGUGUCCUCAAGCAUGGUAUGGUACCGAACCUCCUAGGCGGUGGCAAGAACCCUCGCUACAACUCUCGAGACUCGAUCUGGUGGUGCCUUCAAAACAUCCAGGAUUACACCAAAAUUGUGCCGAAUGGCUUGGAUCUUCUCCAGGACAAUGUCAGGCGACGCUUUCUACCGUACGAUGACACAUGGUUUCCUCAUGACGACGAGCAGGCCUAUUCUGUGUCGUCAACUAUCGAAGAUGUCAUUCAAGAAGCGCUGCAGCGACAUGCAUCCGGAAUAAAGUUCCGCGAGUACGACGCUGGGCCCAACAUUGACAGCCAGAUGAAGUCGGAAGGCUUCAAUAUUGAGAUCUGGACAGACUGGGAUACUGGUCUAAUAUUUGGUGGCAAUCAAUGGAACUGCGGCACAUGGAUGGACAAGAUGGGUGAAAGCGAAAAGGCCGGCAGCAAGGGCGUUCCCGGAACACCUAGAGAUGGCGCCCCCGUCGAAAUCAUCGGCAUGCUGUACAGCACAGUACGCUGGUGCGCAGAGCUGUAUGAGCAAGGAAAGUUCAAGUACGAAGGAGUGACACUGCCCGAUGGCGAGAAGACCAUCACUUACAAGGCAUGGGCGGACAAGAUCAAGGCCAACUUUGAGCGAACGUUCUACGUGCCGCGCACACCAGAGCAAGAUGGCAGCUACGACGUCAAUCCAGACAUCAUCAAUCGCCGUGGUAUCUACAAGGACUUGUACCGGUCCGGAAAGGAAUACGAAGACUACCAGCUUCGGCCUAACUUCCCUGUUGCGAUGACGGUCGCGCCAGAUCUAUUCGAUCCUGAGCAUGCCCUAUAUGCCCUCCAAGUGGCUGACAGAGCUCUCCUCGGACCGCAGGGUAUGAAGACAUUGGACCCCUCUGACCUCAAUUAUCGCGGAUACUACAUCAACAGCGAGGACUCGACCGACUUCCACACCUCAAAGGGCAGGAACUAUCACCAAGGCCCUGAAUGGCUAUGGCCAACCGGGUUCUUCUUGCGCGCGCUUCUCAAAUUCGAUCUCAAGCGCCGAAAGUCUCCCGAGGAGCGCAUCGAGAGCUAUCAACAGGUCACACGUCGUUUAGCCGGUUGUAUGAAGGCGAUCCAGGAGAGUCCGUGGGCUGGUCUGACGGAACUGACUCAGAAAGAUGGUGCUUUCUGCGGCGAUUCUUCCCCCACACAGUCGUGGUCUGCUAGUUGCAUCAUCGACUUAUUCCAGGAUGCGCGGGAGUACGAGCUAGAAGAGACGUCAUAGACUUGAUGAGAUGGUUUGCUUAGUCCCGUUGUUUGUUUGUUGUGAGCGUAGCCUGUGCGGUGCGCUGGGUUGUUUUAGACAGACAUGUGUAAAAAGGGGUGAUAGACCUUCUGUAGAUACCUAGUAGUCGAAGACAUAAACCAUCCUUUUCCUACCUUG